CUUAUUGAAAUUGAAUUGCUAAAGAAACCAGGAAGGCUGGAGAAAAUAUGAGUGUGUAAGCUGGUGGUGGAACUUGCAUGGCUUCAGAAGAUGCCAUUGCAUCAGUGUCUAUAGUUCAUUCACUUUUAUCUAAAAUGUUUUAUGAUGCAGUACACCAUUCUGGUUUUAAGAAGACAAAAUCUCCUGAUUAGCACAUAUUUGUAUUAACCUUUGUCCAAGUAAAAUGCUCUUGUUGAAGAAAUGUCAUAUAAAUGAAAAUUGAUGAAAGGAAAAUGGAAACAAGUGGCAUCUAAUACUCUGUGUACUAACUAGUAUAAAAGUGUCUCAUGUGGGGUACACCUAGCUUCUUGUCCCUGUAAUAGUUUUGUCAGUUACAAAUUUGUAAAGCUGUAAAGAGGAUCAUUUACUACAUAUAUAAAGUUCACACAGCAUUAAGUUUACUCUGAACUCUUGUUCCUCCUUGUCAUUAGAAGUGCUCUUUAUAUCAUUAUCAUCAUGGCUAAUCAAUCAAAUGUACUGUUCUUACAGCCACCAAAAAUUCGGCAUCUGUUGUACAACGCUCUCAGUCCACAAGGGAAAGACUGUUGUAUUGUGUGGCAUAUGGCAGUCAGGCAACUGAAACUGAGUAUGGAGCGGCUACGUUCCCACCUGCAGCAGCAAAACACCAGAACCUAUGAGGUCAUUGAGACCCCAGUUACAGUUGACAGGAUGUGGUGGACUAACUUGAUCCUACGUUCACUGAGGCUGAUUUUAGAUGCAAUUUCCAGUGUAAUCUUUGGAAUUAUGUACUAUGGUGAUUCACCCACAGUCCUGCCUCCCAUCACCAACCUCAUCCUCCUGGAGUCAGCCACAGCAUUAGCAACUAAAAUAAGAAAUAAAAAGCUCACAAGUGAAGAAGUCGUCAAAUCAUUUAUAGCACGCAUCAAGGAAAUCAACCCUAUACUCAACUGCGUAGUCGACUCUCGAUUUGACGAGGCUCUAGAAGAGGCCAAGACUGUCGACAAGCUUAUUCAAUCCAACUCUAUGGAUGAGAAGACAUUAGAAGAGACUAAACCCUUCUUGGGUGUUCCAUUCACUACCAAAGAUUGUUUUGCUGUAAAAGGUCUGCGUCAGACAGCAGGCUUAUGGUGUCGAAAAAACAUGAUUGCUGAGGAAGACGCAGAUUCUGUGCGAAUAAUGAGAGAAGCUGGGGCUAUUCCUUUGUGUGUCACCAAUGUAUCUGAGCUGUGCAUGUGGUGGGAGAGUUCAAAUACAAUAUAUGGAAGAACAAACAAUCCUUACCAUACUUGUAGAAUUGUUGGAGGAUCUUCUGGUGGUGAAGGUUGUAUCCAGUCUGCCUGUGGCUCUCCAUUUGGCAUUGGAUCAGAUAUUGGAGGCUCUAUACGCAUGCCAGCUUUUUUCAAUGGAAUAUUUGGUCACAAACCUACUUAUGGAAUAGUAAGUAAUCUAGGCCAGGAGCCUAAAGCAAGUGGUGAAGCAAUGAAUUUUCUGGUGACUGGACCCAUGUGUAGAUAUGUCAAAGAUCUGACUCCACUACUUAAGAUCCUAGCUGCCAGUAAUGUUCACAUGCUCAAACUGGACCAAAAGGUUGAUGUUCAAAAUCUUCGCUACUUUUACAUUGAGGAUGAUGGUGGGUCUCCUUUGGUAACGCCGGUUCAUUCAGAAUUAAGAGUUGCACAGAAGAAAAUUGUAACUCACCUUGAAAAGGCAUAUGGCAUUAAAGCUAAGAAGGGCGAGAUUAAUGUUUGGAUGGAGCUUAUCAAGUGGUGUGUGAGGUUGUCAAAGCACACAUUACCAGGCCUGCUCCUAGGGGUACUGGAAAAGCUGAACAAUUAUAAGAAGAAUUCAAGUGCGUACCCAAAACUUCUCACAAUGUGUGCUGAUCUACGAAGUGAGAUUAAGGAACUUCUUGGUGAAGAUGGGGUGCUCCUGUUUCCAAGUCAUCCUACAACGGCUCCAUAUCACACCCAGCCAAUCUUCAGGGCUUUCAACUUUGCUUACACUGCCAUCAUUAAUGUGUUGCUGUUUCCAUCAACACAGUGUCCUCUAGGCUUGAGCUCAAAUGGUUUACCACUUGGCAUCCAGGUUGUUGCUAAUCAUUACCAUGAUCAUCUCAGCCUGGCUGUGGCUGGGGAACUGGAGAAAGCCUUUGGUGGUUGGGUCUGCCCUUCGGAAGUGCCAUAACCAGUCGAGAGACAUUUGGAAGAUACAUGAGAAUGGAGUUUCUCCCUAUUUGCACCAUUGUGCCUCAUUGCAUAAUCUGUAAUCAGUUGGGGAUGUGUUAGGGUGUUAGGACAAACAUUUUGCAUAUGGUUAUUAUGCGACUUUGCAUGUCAAAAAAAAAAAAAUGGUAGCUAGAAGAACCAUGAAAAGAAACCUGUUGGUAUUCAGAUUUAUUUUAUAUUCAUUACAAUAAUUAACAUUUCAUUCCUUAAAAGUUCCUAGGUGGACAUAUUUUCAGCUAGUUUUAAGUUAUUUAAAUUUGGCUUUAUAUUUUUAAUGUAUAAUUUAUUUUGUUUAUAUUACAUAACUGAAUAGUUGUUGAUGCAGAUAUUUUUUUUUUUUUUUUAAUAUUAUGAUACCCUGUUUACCUGAUAAUGUCUCCUACACUGCAUAUGAGACUUGAAUAGCUGGCAGUGUUCUACCAAAGAAGUAACAUAUUUUAUCAGAAGACUACAGCCAAUUGAAAGUCUUCCAAUCAAUUCAGGAAAGUUGAUAUGGAUAUAAACUAGAAUUUUUUGUACUUGAUAGUUGCACUCUGGUAUGAAUAAAAGUUUGUAAAUUAAA